AUGUCGAUCACCAGGGCCCGAGCUCGAAAGAGGAUCAACACCCUCACAAUCUGCGAACAGUGGGCUGCGAAUGAGCUGGCUGCUAGCGCAGUAGAGGUUGACGUUCUUCGGCUCCUUGAUCAUGGAGAACUGACGCCAGAAGAACCCCAGCUUGAGGAAACAGCAAGAAACAUAUACGCGCCUGCGCCGGAUGCCAGGUUCCCGUAUAAUGAAUCUCACCUGUUGGUACGAGCGAAAGACAGAUCCAACGAAGGGCGCAGAAAACAUGUGUCAUGGGCAACGUUAAUCACGUUGGAUCGCCUUGGACUACGUCAGCAUCAUCCAAAUAACACAAUCGAGCAUCACAGAUUCGCAGGCAAGCCCUUCAGCAAGAUCGACCGCCAACAGUGGAUGGCAUCUUCCAGGAAAAUUGGUCAUGGCAAGGGGGACCGUUUUACCCCUUGUCAUGGCGAAGCUGCCCAACAUGCCAAUAUUGAGAUGGCGGGAGGGAGCCGACCAAACUCGGAGCAGCCGAUCUUGCUGCCGUCCCUCUCUGAUGAGGACGGCGAGGCGUAUCCGUUGAUCGUUGGGAUGCUCAGUUCUUCUGACGCAACUCGUUGUCCUGCUGCCGGGCACCGCAGACCGCCAAUACCUGCCAUACCUAUGGUACAGAGACCUCCGCCUUCAAUAGAUCCGCGACAACGCAUUUUCGUUCGCCUCCUCGGUUCUCUCCUCACACGAACCCAGUACAUCGUGAUCGACCUCACGAUCCCUUGUAUCAUCCUGCGUAUCUUCAAUAAGGACGACCAGGACUUCUUCCCGAUGGAUUUGUCGUACGUGCUCGCAAGGACUUCGUCCAGAGAGGAUCAUUGGGUACCACAAGACUUUGACCCUAUCGCCUGCAUUGAUGCAUCACCACGCAAGAUCAACUACGUUCUCAUCUACCCCACUGCGUCUAACGUCCUCGCCAGUGCAUCCAGCGAACACGCAGUUAAGCUUUGGGAUCUUGCUGAUACCGAUCGCCCACGCUCUGUUCUCACCGGACACAACGAUACAAUUCAGUGUCUCACCUUCAAUUCCACCGGCACACUCAUGGCGAUUCUAUUCGAUCCUCGUGCUGGUGGCGAAGCUGUUCACAUCACUGAGAUAUUAAGGGCACUCAUGCCGUAUAGAUGUAGUCUCGAAAUGUGA